AUGGAAAAGAAAAUAGUAGUGGAAAGUUUGGAACCCUCUAUUAAUCAAGAAGGGUAGCUUGUAAAAAAAUGUGAAGGGGAUACUGAUAAAAUUUAGUAAGGUUCAAUAGAUAAAUAACAACAAUUAAAUAACUAUUAGGAGGACGAUUGUGGUUACAAUUAAUAGCUCAAGUUUCACAAUGAUGAUGUUUAGGUUGAAGAGGUUCAGAGUUAUGAUGCUGAAGAAAUAGGUACUUAUCUAAGCUUAUUAUUUCAAGAACAACCUGGUUUAAGUGAUGAAUAGGUAUAUAACAAUGAAUAGUAUUAAGGAACUGACAAUGUAAAUUUUGAUAGUGAUCAAAAUUAAUAAUUAUUUUCUAAUGAGGGCUUUAUUGUUGAUUAGACACCUUCUGAAUAAGAACAUAGAAUUGAUAAUAGAUAGAGAACUCUUGUCUCAACUAGAGUGCCUACAAAAUUUCCUGGGGAAACCAAGAAUCUUCCAAAAUGUUUAGCUCGACGCAUCAAGGACUUCAUAACAAGUGUAGUGAAAGAUUCGGAAGAUCCUGAAAUUAAAAUGAUAUUAAAUAACCCAGAAAUCAAGAGAUUUCUUGAAAUGAAAUCUGAGAGAAUCUCCAAACAAAAACUUGAUCUCUUCAUUCAAAGUGAUAUUGGUAGUAUUUUUUGUAAAGAGUUCUUUGGAAAUUGUCUGUGGAGUUAUGGAGUAACAAAAGAGGGCAAAACUAAUGUGGAAACCUGUUUCAGAUACAACAUUUAAUAUUUUACAAAGACAAUUAAGAAAAGAAGACUAAAUUGAUGGCUUUUAAGAGUAUUUAUAUUUUAAUGACAAUAAUUAGUA